UCCUGCUGUUUUCUCCGCUUUUUGGUGGGUUUCCUCCUGUCCCCUGCUCAGGAGCUCCCCCGUGUGUUCCUCCUCCUUCCUCCUGCCUUCAACCGAAACGGGGGCAAACCGUGGAAAUGGGGCGCCCUGCGGGGCCGGGUUUGGGCAGGGGAAGCCGGUGCAGUUUCUUUUUCUGUGGAGGCUGGGCAGGAGCAAGAGUUUGCCAGGUGUUGAUAGUGAUUUUGAGGAUGAACUGGGCCUGAAAGGGAACAGAGAACUUUUGGGCUGGUGUCCGUCUAACAGAAGAGAGAGCAGCGCCGGGGCCGUGGGGUGGAGGCGUGAGGCGUGUGGGUGCCUCUCCGUCUCCUGGAGCCCCGCAGCAGAUGAGCUUAAGGGCUGCCAGGGACAGCAAAAGGGGAAGGCGUCACACGGGGCGGAGUGGCUCAGGGUCCCCUCUCUGCCAUCGGGGUCUGUUCUUUCACAGAAUCGCCGCCAGCUUUCCUGCUCUGGUUAUCGCAGCCUCCUCCCGUUUGUGAGGAGACGUCUCAAGCAUCUUAAAUUGUCGGUCCCUCCCCGCUGCUUGUUCGGCAGACUUACUCCGCGCUGGCCGGAGCUGCAGCAGGCCCGGUUGGUGCGGUGCUCAGCGGAGCCGCUCUGCUCCACGCGCAAGAACCCAGCCAAACCCAUCCGUCCUCUCCUGCCCCACCCUCACCUUGAUGGAGAAGAUGGCUACUACCAUCUUUAGUGCCAUUUUAUGUUAAUUCCCAUGGAAUAUAAUUUAGAUAUGGGGAAAUAACUGUUAACACAGACACUGUGCAACUUCCAGUGUUCACACAAGUCUCAGUUUUGAACGCUGCCAACCGCUGGCUGCGUCCCGUUGCAGUCGCUGUUGUACAUCUUGAGAAACCGCUGAAGAAAGACGGGGAGGAAAAAAAUUAUGGGGCUGUUCAAUGUCACUGGGGUGUUUCUGUGUUUCCUAACAAGAUUCUUCUUUUCUCCCCCUCCCCGUCCCCCGCCCCAACUUUUAAAGGAGCUGAGCUGGGAAGUCUCUUCCUCAAGCCUUCUCGGUCCGAUUUGGGGGGGGAAUUGCUGCUUUGCUUUGCAAACCAGAGCUCCCCAAAGAAGUGUGCCUGCUUCUGCCAGUGCCUCCGCCAGUCGGCAUCCGGGUUGGAGGCCUUGCAUUGCUGUCCUGCGACAGCCAAGUGGCGGCGGCUUCCUUCUCUGCUCUAUUUGUGGCUAUUUCUGUGUUCUGUUUGUGGAGGCUCAGAUCUCCUCUAGAUUUGAACUGAAACAAAAAUCCCGGCCAUCAUCAUGGGAGGUAUCUGGCUGGUUGGACUGAUGGUACUUGUGCACGUCUGGUUUCCCAAGGUUGCUGCUCAGAAUCUCAUAAAAAACCCCAGGGACCAAAAAACAGAGCAUACCCUCUUGAUUAACGAAGUCAAUGCUGACAGCCCGGGAGAGGACACUUCUGAGUUUGUGGAGCUCUAUCACACCAGCGGUCAAACAGCCCGCUUGGAUGGCUACUAUCUGGUCUUCUACAACGGCAACGGAAACCGAGCCUACAAAGUUUUCAACCUCCAGGGCAAAGUUACUAACAGCCAGGGACUCUUUCUCGUUGGCUCCUCUUCCGUGAACCCGGCUAUUGUUAUUCCUAAGAACACUAUCCAGAAUGGCCCUGACGCCAUUGCUCUCUACUAUGGAAACGGGAACUACAAGGAGGGCAUGGGUGUCACAAAUUAUGGACUAGUGGAUGCCUUGGUCCAUAAGACUAAGAAGACGGACAGAGCCGAUACGCUGGUGAGGGUACUGACCCCGGGCAGAGAUGCUUUCCUGGAGGACUCCACCUUCAGGACCACAGAUGAGUCCAUAGAAAGGUGCCGUGGGGCAGAUUCCCAGUGGAUCUUCCAAGUGGCCAUGCCCACCCCAGGCACAGACAACCACUGCAUCCUAACUCCUCAGCUGAACGCGUCUGCUGUCCUGAUCAGUGAGGUCCUUCCUGCCUCUUCUUCCAAAGAGUUCGAGUUCGUAGAGCUCCAGGGUCCCCGCUCCACUAUGCUGAGAGACAUCGUUUUGGUGCUGAUCGACGGUCGGACCAAAGACAUUUAUUUCACCAUGGAUAUUUAUGGCAAAACCUCACUGGAUGGGCUACUUCUGAUUGGGCCAGCACAAGGCAAAACCCCAGUGGAUCUGCCGUUCCCAGAGAACACCACCCGUCCUGUCCUCCGAGGUGGCCCCAAUGCAAUUGCCCUCUACAGAGGCAACAGCAGCAGUUUUGUCACGGGGAGGGUGCUGCCGGUGACCAGCCUGUUGGAUGCCUUUGUGUACACGAGCGACGAGGAACCAAACCCUGAGCUGCUGGAGACCCUCACCCCUGGCAGACCUGCCUACAAGGAAAAGCGGCACCAGCUGGGAGAUGUGUCCAUGAGCCAGUGCAACUGCUGCUCUGUGACCCGGGACUCCUUGUCUUACAUCCUCAGCCGGCCCACCCCUGGCAAGUUUAAUGAUUGCCCCAGCAGACGCUUCAGCCAGACUCUUUCCUUCUGCCUCCAUGUAGCAGAUUGCCAGGAGUGGCUCCUGAAGUCAGAAGAGGUCCUGGUGACUCUGGUCCAGGCCCUUGAUGAAUCCUGCAGCUGUGGAGUCUCUGCUGCCUACUUCAAAGAGCCAAAGGCAGCCUGCCAGGACCUGGGGCUUGUGUUCACCACUCUGCUAACUGCUAAGUCAGAGGACCAGCUGAGCAGCCUGCUGCUAGCCUUCAAGACCUUCCUAGAGACGCACAGACUUGUUAGUUUUGGCAGAAGGAACAUCACAGCAGAAAGCUCCUGCUUCAAGGAUGUUAAUGCGUCAGGCUUGCCUCCAGGUGUCCCAUCAGAGAUACCAGAAGGGACUCGAGAGCCUCCUGCGCAUGUGGCCAAGCUACUGAUCAAUGAGGUGAACCCAGACAACCCAGGGGGAGCAGAGGACACAGAGUACAUUGAACUCUUCUACACUGGACGGACACACUUUGACCUCCAGGGAUACUGGUUGGUCCUCUACAACGGUAAAAAUAGCCGGGCCUACCGGGUGUUGGACCUGUCGGGACACCACACAGAUAAGCUGGGUUACUUCUUGGUGGGGAGCAGCGCCGUGCGCCCAGCACCCAUGAUCAGGCUGCCCCCCAACACCAUCCAGAAUGGGGCGGACGCUGUGGCUCUCUACUACAGCAACACCACCCCCUACGCGGUGAACAUGGCUGUGACUGCAGAGGGGCUGGUGGACGCCGUGGUGUACACGUCCCGAAUGCCAGAGAAGGCACACCAGCUGGUCAAAGUGCUGGUACCAGGGCAGAGCAUCCUGUAUGAAAACGAUUCUCACAGCACUGAGGAUGAGUCUCUGAGCCGCUGCUACAGCCUGACCGCAAAACUCCAGAGCAGCUUCCAGGUGACCACGGUGACGCCGCUGGGGGAGAACUUCUGCAGCAGCUCCUCGGCGCUGGUCCCUCCUGCCGUCCACAUCAGCGAGCUGUGCCUGGCUGGGAGCACUGCGCCCUACCGCUUCGUUGAGCUGGAGGGGAAGCCUGGUGCCAGCCUGGGAGGGCUCAGCCUCAUCUUCUUCUCAGGAAAGAAGGGCAAGGCGCAUGUCAGCGUCCCACUGAGGGGCACCAUUGGAGCCACGGGGCUGUUCGUGUUUGCAUUGGAUGGAGGCCAGGGGCAUGAUGGGACAAACCUGACUUUCAAGGACAUCUCUGCUGCUAGUGAAGGCACCAGCGCUAUUGCUGUGUACAGCACCAGCUUGAUUCCUGCUGGCACAAAGGCAACAUCAGAGAACUUGGUGGAUGCCUUGGUUUACACGUGUGAGCCCAGCACAGCUGGAGGACACUUGGACUUCCUUGGACCGUCUUACGCUGUGCCCUGCAAGGAUGGCAGGCCUGUGUCCCUGAGCCGUUGCGCUGGUGGCAAUGCCAGCGCAGAGCUGCAGUUUGCCGUCUCGGAGCCUACCCCUGGUCUGCAGAACAGCUGUCCCCAGGACGCCUUCGCGGUGGAUCUCCACCUCUGCUUCCUGACACCCAACUGUUCCAUGUGGACCCUGCACCACAGGAGGAUGCUGGAAAGCUUGGGAAGGGUCUUGUUGAGCUCCCUGGAGGAGAAGUGCUCCUGCGGCGUCUCUGAGCUCUACCUGCAAGAUCUGAACCUGACGUGCACGGGCUCCCUGGUGAAGGUCUGGGGCCGGGUGCGGGCCCGGCAGCCGGAGCAGCAGCAGUCCAUCGAGACCUGGCGCCAGGGCUUCCUGGCCAGCCCUCACCCCUUCUCUGUGGAUGGGAGAGUGCUGAAAACCAGUCCCGAGUGUGUCGCCCCCAAAAAUACACUGUCCGUGUCUCACAGCAGUGCUUCCUUCCAGGGCUGGGAAAUUGCCCUGUUCAUCUUGGGAUGUCUCCUGCUCGUGUUCUUGUUGGUCAGCCUGGCACUUUACUUCAUCAAAAGACGUCCACAAAAUUACACCAACAUCGAAAUGAACGACCGCAGGGAGAUUGCAGCAGACUUCUAACGCUCCCGAGCACGGCAGCGGCGGCGACAGGCUCUAACAGCACUGGGGCCAGGCCUGUGUCACGGCGCGGGGGGCAGACUGGUUGUCCAGCUCCCCCGUCUACCGGGGUUGCUGCAAGGACCUGCAAAAUGUGUAUAUAUACACGUAUAAUGUGUGUGUGUGUAUACAGAUCUGUGUGUGUGUGCGCGUGUAUACAAAUACCUGAGUUAUUUUUACACUACUGAAUUUUGCCCUCAGACUAAAGGAGUUCAAAGGAACAGGCCGGGGACGACUUCUUCUAGGCAAAGUUUGUGCUAAGCGUGGUGGCCAGAAAGCAAGCAGCCUGUUUGGCUGAUGCAGGGGAAGGACACGUACUCCUGUCCCCUCUGGAGAUUCACUGCUGGGUGAUGAACCGGGGCCACCUUUCCACCCAGCAGGCAACUCCGGUUUCCAGUGCCUCUGGACUCCGGAGCUGCAGUGAGGGUACAUCAGCCUCCCUUGAGCCCUUCUUGUCCGCGCAAGGGCGUUCUGCACGUGGUGCCCCUCUCUGCUUGAGCAGCUGUGCCCCACCAGCAGCCUGCACCAGGGAGAGCCCCUGCUGCUAGGGACCAUGACCAGGAGGACGUCCUGCCCAGAAAAAGGGGUUAGAAGAGAGACAAAUACCCAGCUCGUGCCCAGGUGCAGCCCUUUCUCCUAUGGUCCUGCCUGUAUCCUGGCCAGGCAGCAGGCAGGAGCAGUGCCAGACUCUAGAUCUCUUGAGAAUUUGGGGUGAGGAGGGUGACCUAGGUGGGACCUUGCUCAGUAAAAGCUUGUUUCCUACACCAGGGUGAUAUAUCCCUAAUGGUGUGGCGGCAGACGCCAGGCCUCCAGUGGCACCCUUUGUGCGUGGAG